AUGAUGCAUACCAUGCCUAUGCAACAAGAUCCUAUUCUUCCUCCUAUUCCAUUUACCUCCCAUAAACAAACCUAUGCAGGUCAACCUCCAACAACCAUGAUGAUGCAUCAAGGAUCCUCUUCCACUCAAUAUAACCUCCAUGGAAAGAUGACAUCCCCGCGGCUACAAAUCUCCCAUUCAAACUCCAACACCUCUUCUCACUAUGAUCCAUUCCACCAAAACCACCAUCACCAUGAGCCACGACAUAGCUCCUUACAACAAUCCAUGCAUCCAACAAACACUAUGAAUACUCGUGUACAUACCAACCAUUCAUCAGUCACUUCUGCCACUUCUCCUAACACUUCUUCUCCAUUGUUACAAUUUGAAAACACUGUCGCCAAGUCAUCCUCACCAACUUUUAGACCAUUGCUACAACCUCAACAUGUUGUUGCAGAUCCAUGUUUACAUGCUUUGCAAUCGCCUGCAGUUGAAAAGCUCCCAAAUUUAAAUGAACUCAUGAAUGGAGAUCGUUGGUCAAGCCGACCAGUCUACGAACCACAAUUCACCAACUCGUCCACCCAUCAACUGCCACAUGUGACCUCUCCUCCACAUUACCAAUCGACCCAACCUCACAACCACAACUCAUACAGACCUCAACCAAAUGUAAAUACCAACGGCUCAAAGAUGAUGUUAGACGAUUUGGAACGAAAACUCUUCAUGCAAGAGCAAGAGAUUAGGCGACUUCAAAAUGAGAAUAUGGAGCUCAGAAGAGAGCUUGAACGAUUGCAUGGCGAAAACUCUCCUCGCUCAAGCUUUGAGUAUAGCCAAUCCACUGCUUCGAACAAUUCUCCCCGAGUUGUAGAGACUUCGCCAAGACCUGUGAAACGCUCAUUGAGUGGCAACGAAGAUGGCCUUGUCUCAAACUCGAACAUUUUGGACAGUGAAGAGUGUUCGAAGAAGAGAAAAAACUGCGAGACCAUGACCAAACAGCCACCUCAAAGUAAGAAGCAGAAGAAUGACAUUCGAAAACCACAACAACAUCCAACACGAAUCAGAAACUCUGGCCGUAGAGAUGCCACCGUUGGUGAUUUAGAAAAGUACACGGUGACAUGGAAGGGAGAAAAGUAUGUCUUGGUGAAUGCAUUCAAGAAUCGAACACAGAUUUUGAAUUACUAUGUUCCACUCUUUGAAAACAACUUCCCAGAAAAGACAUGCAAGCUCGUUCUCUGUAACGAUGAAUACAAGAGUCUGUCUUCCGAGAACCCUAUUACUGUUGAGAAGAAGAAGCACGCAUGGCGAGUCUCCGUAUUCACAAUGGAUUUCUAUAACUUUGUCAAGAAUUUUGACAAGAAAAACCUCAAGAUUAUUAACUCAUCUGCUGGUUUCGUUCCAAAUAUUUACUUUGAAGAGCCACAACCAUCCACAACUACAUCCACCGUUGUUGACCACGACGCUUCUGCCGCAGAUAUAUCAUCUUCGAGUGCAAGCUCUUCAUCCCAAUUUUCUGUGAAUAUCCAACCAACUCUUGUGGCCACAGUUGCCAACCAGGAUCUUGACACAACUCCAAGACCAGUCGCUAACAUCAACACCAGACAAUAA